AUGAGUACAAAUCAGGAACUAACGGUGAUUAAAUCAAAAUUAAAAACAUGGGAAAGAGAAUUCAAAAAAUCCAAUGGAAGAGAUCCAACCAAAUCAGAUAUCAAAUCAAAUCCAGAAAUCGCUAAAUUAUAUUCAACUUAUAAUACAACAAAAUCAAAUGAUCGAAAAACGUCCCAUUCAUCAAAACCUUCAACUUCUUCUACACAUAUCUCUAACUCAGAAUCAACAUCAUGUAUGCAAACAACACCACAAAAACAAAGAUUAGAAGACAAAUCAAACACAAAAAAAUCUCAUCAAAUCAAUAAUUCUUUAUAUCAAAAUCCAAAUUCACCUAUCAAACUUCGACAACUUUUACUUUCGAAUUCUCCUAGAAAAAAAUCUAAUGGGAAGAUGACAAAUACAAAAGGUUUAAAGAACAAUCAAAGUAAUACCACUUCUACACCCAAGAGUAAUCCAUUUGAAUCUAAUUCAGGUGGAGGAAAAGGAAGUCCUGAUUUAUUUGCCGAUUUAUUAUUACAAGCCAAAGAUACACCACGUACGAAAGCUAGAAAAUAUUUAAUAGGAGUCGGGAGUCCCCUAAAACCUAAACCUAACUUAAAUAGAUCUGAAUCGACGACUACCAUCAAUGGAGGAGGAGGAGGUUUAUCGACUUUUUUGAAAUCUAGAACAGAUGAAAGUCAAUCUAAAGUUAAUCAAGUUCAAGAAAAGGUUGAAAUUGAAGAUCAAGAUGAAAAUUCUGAUGAUAUUUUGGGUCCUUCUCCUUUUAAACCUAAACCAUCUGGACAACUUCCAUUCCGAUGUUUAUUUGAUGAUCAAGAAGCAUCAACUCAAAGUACUCAAAGUCCCAUUAAACCAAAUCCGAUCAACAAACUCAAUAUCAAAUCAUCAAUUCCAUUUAUUCCAAACAAUUCACAGAAUUCAAUCGGAACUUUAUCAGAGUUUCCAGGUUGUGGACAACUAGAUUUACAAAAACAACGACAACAAGCAGAUAAGAACCGAAUACCAGUAGGAGCCAAGAGGAAACGAAUGAAACCGGGUGAAGAAGAUGCAAGUUUUUAUGAAGAUAUCAAUGAUCCUGAUCUAGAUGGACUUUCAACGAUCAAAAAAGUGAUUAGAAACACUACCAAACGAACUAAAGUAGAUCGGACUAAUUCUAAUGUAAUCAAACGCAAAACAAAUCAAUCACAACUCAACGUGUCUACUCGUUUACCGGUUAAUAAAACUAAAGAUUCAAGAGAUUGUGAUGGAUCUGAUUCAGAAGAAGAAGGUUUAGCAAAAAUGCCAGAUUUACCAUUCGGAGCUCAAAGUCAAACCAGCGUGAUCACCGAGCUUGAAACCUUUACGUUUGCACCUACAGAUCCUAAUUCAAAACCAGUUCCAACGAUUCCUCAACAAAUUAAUUCAAAGCUAAAAGUAAAUAAAUCAAAACCAGAUUGGAAAGGAAAAGGAAAAGCUACUACACCUCCUUUGCUAAUUGAAGAAGAAACUAAACAAAUCAAAGUUACCGGGACUCAAAAAGUAAUGGUUAGACCCUACAAACCAGUUAAUGAAAUCCAAAUGAAAAAACUAAGAAUGACGAAUAUUUUUCAAGAACCCGAACCGAAUAUUUCCGAAAGUUUAGGACCAUUAAAUGAUGAAGCAGUAAGUAGUGAAGAAGAAGAAAAUUUGGAAGAGAUCAAUGAUGAUGGUUUGAUGAAAGAAGAAGAAGAAGGAGAUAUUAUUGUUUCGGAAGAACUUUUGAAUUUACUUAAUCUUGAUGCAGUUUCAGGUAAUGAUCGAAAGAUUCUGAAGAGAGAAAAAGUACGUGAAGAGAAGGUCAGAAGGGUUUUAGAGGGAUCUAAUUCGAAACCGAUUAAAGAAAUCAAAACUGAUCCAGUGAAGACGAAAAUUACAAAACCUAUUAAAACCUCACUUAAGACUAAGCUUCAGAGUGUUGGAGGAUCAACUAAUUCAAAGCAUCAAAGGGAAAGUUCAGUGGAUUUAGGUACUGAGGAGUAUGGGUUGAGUGAGGAUGAGAUGGAGGAUGAGGAUGAGGAUGAUGAUUGGGAAGAGGAUCCAGAAGGUUGGAAAGAACUGGAUGGUGAUGAUGGAUUAUAUAAUGAUGAUUAUGAAUUAUAAAGAGAUGUAGAUUGAUUUACUAUUUGAAAUGCUUUUUGUUUUGUAGUUUAUAUUUGAGAGGUAAUUGUGGAGGUUUCCAACUUAUUGAAGGUUGUUUGUUGAUUUGUAUCAUUAGUGUUUUUCACUCAGGUAUCAAAGUUUUAUCAUUGGUUUUUUUGGAGAUUAGAUUUUAAGGAUUUAAGGAUUAUAGAAAUGGGUUUUUCUUGUGGUUUACCUUCAGAUGAGGAUAUAGUAAUAAGUUUUUAAAGGGUUUACAAGUUCUAAUACUAUAUAUGUAUAUGCAAUUAAGGAAAGCUCAAUAUCUUUACAAAUG